AUGACAAGAAAGAAGAAAAAAUCUCCAACAGCUCCCAAGGAGGACGUUCAAACUAUCAAUGUUGGUGCAUCUUCGAAAGGUAAAGAAAAAUCCGAGGAAAAAGCAUCGACUUUCCCAAGAGAACCAUCUACAGCAUCUCCCUACCUUUCACAAGAUGUAAUCACCGAAAUUCAUGAAAUGCAUAGUAAACUUACUCAAUCAACUAUUGAGACUAUAUCCAUCUCCAAAAUCAAUACAGAAAACUUUCAACUUUUAAAAAACCAUCUUAAUCUCGACAUUGAAAAUGUCCCCUUCAAUAAUAUCCCCAUUUAUAGUAAUGCAUCACCACCAGCUUUCGAAUGGAAGGAUAAGUCAGAACCGGCCCAUAAAGAUGAAUAUUUGAAAUGGUUACGCAAAUACAUUCCUUUGGCCAAUGGUCGUAUUUGGUAUGAUAUUGGGGGUAACCACAGCUUACUAGAGGUGUAUAAGGACUCCAGGUUACCAUUUAAUGUUCAUGGUGGAACUGAUGUAGUGGUUGUGAAUAAUUAUGAUGUUUCAAGCCGUUUGAUUCCAGAAAGUAUUUAUGCAGUUCUGGAGUUGAAAAAAAAGAUCGAGAGGAAUCAUGUGAUGCAAGUCAUUUUAGAAAUGAUAAUUGCUGAUUUGAUUACCCCCAAAAGUAGGAUCGUUUUUGGAAUCAUAUCAGACCUCACAGAUGAUUGGCAAAUUUUCUGGUUGGAAGAUGAUAGGACAAUAAAGAGUUGGAACGCACCAAGUCGGAAUGUUGCAAUUCAAGUAUUAAGUGAACUCUUAAGAGACAAACCCAAAGCAAAUCGGGAGAAUACAUCAAUCAUCAUUCCGGCUGCCAAACGUGUCAAGUUAAGUACUUUGUUACCUGAUAGAACCAUAAGUGAAGAUGAUAUUGCUCGGAUUGAAGAUGUAUACGAUGUUAUGUCAAAGGAAGAAAUCUGGCGUCAUAAAGUUGGAGUUGCUUCAGAAAUUGUCAGAAAUAUUCCUUCUUUUUCGUCAAUGUAUGCAUAA